CGCUUUAUGAGGAACUCAGCAGGUCCGCCGUUUUGAACGACGACAAUGACUUGUGCCACGGACUCCAGCCGUACGGGAUUAAAGAGCUACCGACGGACAAUGUGGCCGGCUGCUCAAAGGAUAGAAAAGCAGAGCUUCCGGCAGAUUCAGUGAUUGGCAGCCAUGUCCUUUGGGCUGAUAUGAUGGAAGACAAAGCCCCCGUCGUCAACCUGGAUUCCAAGC